ACGAGGUUACCAAACCUCAAUCCCCCCGAAUCCGUUCCCUUCAAACGACGACGUCGUAUAAUCCUCGGAGUUUUGGUCGCGCGACAUCGCCACCGCAAUCAGCAAUCGCUUUUGUCGAUCGAUAUGCAAGUAUCUCGAUGGCGAAGCUUGUUGUCCAUGAAGACUUACAUGAUUCCCUCCACCACUCAAUUCUCUGCAGCAUUUCACUCCACUCCCUGUUCGUGUCAGAAAUGGAAUAGCAAAUCGAACCCUGGUGUUAAAGGAGAUCAACAACCAUCCAAGAAUCAAAUAAAAUUUAUUACACGUCAAAAGCGUGCUGAUACAAAGAAAGCUCUAAAACAUCUCCUCUACAGUAAUGGAGCCUCUAAAUUUUCAUUCGAGGACAUAGAAACAAAACAGAAAUUUGAAGGAAACUCCAACUGGCGUGGAAACCAAGACGGCCGUCCAAAUAGCAAUUCCAAUAAAGGUCAACCAAAAUCCGGUCAGCGGUCUGGUGGAAAACCACAAAAGAAGCCUAAACGUGGAGGAAAAAUCAGAAGAGAAUUUUGCUUUUUCGAGGAGUUUGAUGGAAAUCCUGAGCAAAUCUUCCACGGAACAUUUGGUAACAGAUGUUUUACAUUCCGCAAUUUGAAUGGAUCAUCUGAACAUUCCGCAUCCGGAUUUGAAUGGAAAGAGCAUUCAAAUAGGACAAACAAGUGGAGAACUGCAAGUGAUGAUGAGUCUGAUAAUGAGGAUCAUGGUUCCUGUUGUGUAGGAUCAAGCUCUGAUAGAACAAUCCUUGGUCUGCCUUCAACAGGUCCAUUGAAGAUAGAAGAUGUUAAAAAUGCCUUCCGGUUAUCAGCUUUAAAAUGGCAUCCUGAUAAGCAUCAAGGCUCGUCCCAGGCAAUGGCUGAAGAGAAGUUCAAACUGUGUGUAAAUGCAUACAAGACAUUAUGCAAUGCUCUCUCCCCAGCUUAGGUGGCGGCGAUGUGGCUUUGUUAAAGCUUCAAGAUCAGUUAUGAACAGCAUCAAGACUGGCCAAUGAUGUAGAUUAAGUUUAAUUAUUUGUUUGCAUUCGACUAUUCUUCCCAAUAAAGGCAAAUUGCAAUUCAAGUGUAAAAAAGGAUUUGAAAUUUUGAAUAUUAAGCAAGUGCUCACUCCUAGAAGAGAGAAUGGAAUAAUGUUCGAGGCAAAAUUGCCAUUUUUUAUUCUAAUUUGAAGCAACUUUGGUUGA